CUGACUGGCUAUUCCACUCGCAAGCUUUUAUUAGGUAUAUAACCAUCACCGAAGACGGGUGUGUAACGGAUUAUUUCCUUCGGAAAAUCUCAGCAUCAACAUCGUCGUACACGAAAAUAACUCCACGAGACAAGGCGCAUUUAGAACGUCCGGACGUUUGUUUCCAUUUCAUUCUCGGAAUGCCUUCGUGAUGUCAUACGAGUUUUCAAAUGAACACCUGUUAUCUUUCAAAUGGACGUCUGGCGCGCGUUAAUAUUUCGCAGAAAGACGAGGGGCGAACGUUUUCAAAUUCGCGGACUGAAGCCGUCUAAUCUCCGGCAGCAGAACUAAAGCCGUUUAGGGAUCCAUUUAGUGAUAAACCCGACAGCGAACAUGAAUGGUGAGCAAUUUGCGAGAGCGAUGUUGACUGGAUUUGUAUGGCUGCUCUGCUCCCGUGAAAACUAGAAGAGACAACCAUCGCGCGCGUUGUUAUUGAUAAACCUCGCGAUUGCGUCUUUCCAACAGCUGAUAUUCACAAGUCUUGGACUUUUAUUUAGAAUCCACGUCUACAUAGUUUCGCAGACAUGGGCAAAGACGAAUGCAAAACCAUGUUGGACGCCCUGAACAAAGUGACGGCUUGCUACAGGCAUCUGGUGAUCGCUUUGGGGAGCACGUCGGAUUCUCAAAACCUACGAGAGGAACUUAAAAAGACCCGCAAAAAAGCCCAGGAGCUGGCCGUGGCCAACAGGACUAAACUGACGACUCUUUUGAAAGACAAGAGCAUCAGUAGAGAUGACCGCGCCGAAUACGAGCGCUUCUGGGUGCUCUUUACCAGCAGCAUGGAGCUCCUUGAGGUGGACAUGAAGCGGUCCUUGGAGAUCGGGCAGGAUUUCCCACUCAAAGUGCCAACAAGACACUUCAUCCAAACGGGCAUGACCGGCAGCACCACGACCGUGGCGGCCCGAGCCAUGAGCGUCCAAAACAUGAAAUAUGAAGCGGACGCCAACAUCGACACCGCAGAUCUCAAAGAGCUGGAGACCGAGAUCGCUCUGGUGGACCAGAUGAUGGAGGAGAUGGAGAUGAAGGUGCAGGUGGCGCCGUGGGCUGUCGAGGCGAAACAGGAAGCCGGCGCUGAGUUAAAGUCCACCGUCAGUGUCGGAAAUUCGUCGGUCGGUGUCAUCUCGAUUUGCGAGGAGGAACCCAAAGAAACGGUGGAAACAGAAACUGAUAUGAUGAAAGUAUUCGCAGGCAUUAUAUUCACUGCGGUUUUAUUAAUUGCUGGGAUUCUGGGCUACCUGGUGAUUAAUCUUUGAGCAGCGGGUAGUGACUGUAAUGUUAAUGGGUGAAGAUGGAUAAUUGGCCUGUGUAUCAGGAUGGCACUGACUCAGGGCUUAGAUUUUCGGUCUGAAUGUACAUGGAGGCAGCAACAUGUUGCUUCAGUAGGCCUGUGAAUUUGUGGAGGCAUGUCUUGAUGUCAUGAUGCUGGAGAUCACCUCGCCAACAUUUUGAUGGGAAGCAUUGGUAAAAUACAUCAGUUUUUGAAGGGAAUAGCUAAAAGGACUGUCACAAUCCAAUGGCCCAUCAUUCUGGUCGCUCUACAACUAUGGAGUUAUACUUGUGCCACAAUUCUGUGCGCACAAAAAAUGUUCUGAUUACGCAAGAUUAUAUUUUGAGCAUGCAAAACGUAUUUUGCAGGCAGAGUGGGUAGGAGGAGAAAGCAAAAUGUAAGAAUUAUGAGCGAAUUCACAUUCAAAUAAACUUUAUUCAAGCGCAAAAUUGACUUUCAUUUGCUCAAAAUGAAUUUAUCUUUGCUGAUGAGUUCAAGCAUGUGCAAAAUAACUUUUUGUGCGCUCAGAAUAUCAUCUUGCGCAUGCAGAACAUUUUUUGUGCACUCAAAAUAUCAUCUUGCGCGUGCAGAAAUUUAUUUGUGUGCUCAAAAUAUAAUCUUGUGCGUGCAGAAAAUUUUUUUGCACUCAAAAUAUCAUCUUGCGUGUGCAGAAUUUUUUUUUGUGCGUGCAGAAAUAGUUUUUGCACUCAAAUUAUCAUCUUGCGUGUGCAUAAUAACUUGUACACUCAAAAUUUCAUCUUGCACGUGCAGAACAUUUUUGUGCGCUCAAAAUAUCAUCUUGCAUGUGCAAAAUAAUUUUUUGUGCGCUCAAUUUCAUCUUGUGUGUGCAGAAAUGUUUUUUGCACUCAAAAUAUCAUCUUGCUUGUGCAAAAUAACUUGUUGUACGCUCAAAAUUUCAUCUUGCAUACGCAGAAAAUUUUUGUGCGCUCAAAAUAUAAUUUUGUGCAUGCAGAAUUGUGGCACAUAUAUAACUCCAUAUACAACUCCUAAACUGUAGGCAACAGAUCAUGAUCAGGUGUGAAUGUUUUAUUAGCCAAAAAGAAAUUUACUACAUCACUUGAGGCUUGAAGAGGACUUAGUUGUAGCAUAUUUGUCACAGUAAUUGUCACUCUCCUGGGCAUAUCAGUAAGUGGGUAUUUCAUCACUGGAUGAAGACCUACAACUUGAAGUUUACAACUUUUAGGGCACUUAGGCGACAACAAAGGGUUCUGCAUAUCAAACCGAUGUUUGUUUCUGAGUUUAUAUAGAUCAUAGUGAUUCACACCAUCCUUGUUAGUCAUAUACUAAGCAGACUGCCCAUCAAUGACUGUCAAAAUGGGCCUUACAGUGGGUGUCACUGCAUUCUUGUCCAGUCAGUGUACAUAAAAUAUAUUUAUUAUAAUAAA